CUUCACUAAAAGAAGCAACCUGUGCUGGGGAACCCUGUUAGCCAAUCAUCUUUAAGAGAUGUGUACAGAGUUUCUCCCCUCUUUUCUCUGAACUUCCUGUCAGGAUGCUCUUCUCUGGGGGGCAGUGUGGCCAUGUUGGCAGACCUGAAGAAGUUUUACUGAUAUACAAGAUAUUCCUUGUCAUCAUUUGUUUUCAUGUCAUUCUGGUUACAUCCUUGAAAGAAAACGCUGGCAAUUCCAGUUUGCUAUCACCAUCUGCUGAAUCAUCUCUUGUCAGUCUUGUCCCCUACUCCAAUGGUACACCAGAUGCUGCUUCAGAAGUGUUGUCAACUUUAAACAAAACAGAAAAAACUAAAAUCACUAUAGUAAAAACCUCCAAUGCAUCAGGAGUCAAAUCUCAGAGAAAUAUCUGCAAUUUGUCAUCUAUUUGCAAUGACUCAGUGUUCUUUAGAGGUGAGAUAGUGUUUCAAUAUGAUGACGCCCACAAUGUAACCCAGAAUCGAGAAACGGCUAAUGGCACUUUCACUGGAGUCCGGUCUCUAGGCGAACUGAAGCGAUCAGAGCUCAACAAAACGCUACAGACUUUAAGUGAGACUUACUUUAUAGUAUGUGCUACAGCAGAGACUCAAAACACAUUAAACUGUACAUUCACAAUAAAACUGAACGAUACGACAGAUGUGUGUGCCAUGAUGGUUACUUUCACAACUGUACAGAUUUGGCAAAUGGAACAGUGCUGCUGUUCUCUCAAGACUCCCUGCCCUUCUUCACCAGAAGAAUUAGAAAAACUGCAGUGCGAACUGAAGGAUCCUGUUGUCUGUCUUGCUUAUCAGCCACAUGGCCCACCAUUAUCUUCUUCCAGCAAGCCCUUGCCAGUUGUACCUCAGGCCACCAUUUUGACCCACGUCGCUAGUGACUUCUCUUUGGAUGAACCCCUUGAUCAUGCCUCUGUGACCCCAAGCACACCCUCUCUGGCACAAGAGAGUCACCUUUCAUCUCCCCAGCCUGCAGCCUCCCUGGUUUCCAGUCCUGCCAUUGACAUGCCUGUUCAACCUGUAGCUGCUUCUUCUCCUCUGCCCCAAACUGAUCUUCCUCAUAGCCUGCCACCUACACAGUCCUCCCUUUCUUCUCUUGUCACAUCAACACCAUCUGUCCCUGAAAAAGUGAUCACCAUCAGCAUGCCUCCUGGUGAGACAGAAGUUGUCAACACCAGCAGUGUUCCUGAUCUAGAGGCUCAAGUCUCACAGAUGGAGAAAGUGUUGUCCUUGGGAGGCUUAGAGCCUAACCUUGCAGGCGAAAUGGUAAACCGAGUCAGCAAACUCCUCCACUCUCCACCUGCUUUGCUAGCCCCUCUGGCUCAAAGGCUGCUAAAAGUGGUAGAUGACAUUGGCUUACAGCUGAAUUUUCCAAAUACAACCAUCAGUCUAACUUCCCCUUCUUUGGCUCUUGCUGUGGUCAGAGUGAAUGCCAGUAAUUUCAACUCAAUGACCUUUGCAGCCCAAGACCCUGCAAAUCUUCAGGUUUCUCUGGAAACCCAGGUUCCUGAGAAUAGUAUUGGUGCCAUUACUCUCCCUUCGUCACUGAUGAGUAAUUUGCCAACUAAUGACGUAGAACUGGCUUCCAGGGUUCAGUUCAACUUCUUUGAAACCCCUGCCCUGUUUCAGGACCCCUCCCUGGAGAACCUCUCUCUGAUCAGCUAUGUCAUAUCAUCAAGUGUUGCAAACGUGACUAUCAAGAACUUAACAAGAAAUGUGACAGUCAUGCUGAAGCACACCAAUCCAAGUCAGGAUGACCUAACUGUGAAAUGUGUCUUCUGGGACUUGGGCAGAAAUGGUGGCAGAGGAGGUUGGUCAUCUGAUGGCUGCUCCAUCAAAGACAAGAAGCUGAAUGAAACCAUCUGUACCUGUAGCCAUCUUACAAGUUUUGGCAUCUUAAUGGACCUAUCUCGGACAUCCUUACCACCAAGUCAAAUGAUGGCGCUGACAUUUAUCACAUAUAUUGGCUGUGGGCUUUCGUCAAUUUUUCUGUCAGUUACUCUCAUAACCUACAUAGCCUUUGAAAAGAUCCGGAGGGAUUACCCUUCCAAAAUCCUCAUCCAACUGUGUGCUGCCCUGCUUCUGCUCAACCUGGUCUUCCUGCUAGAUUCCUGGAUUGCUCUGUAUAAUACCCGAGGUUUCUGCAUCUCUGUGGCUGUAUUUCUUCACUAUUUCCUCUUGGUCUCCUUCACAUGGAUGGGCUUAGAAGCAUUCCACAUGUACCUGGCACUUGUCAAGGUGUUUAAUACUUACAUCCGAAAGUACAUCCUUAAAUUCUGCAUUGUUGGCUGGGGGAUACCAGCUGUGAUUGUGGCCAUCGUCCUGACUAUAUCCCCAGAUAAUUAUGGGAUUGGAUCUUAUGGGAAAUUCCCCAAUGGCUCCCCAGAUGACUUUUGCUGGAUCAACAGCAAUGCGGUGUUCUAUAUCACAGUUGUGGGCUAUUUCUGUGUGAUAUUUUUACUGAACAUCAGCAUGUUCAUUGUCGUCUUGGUUCAGCUCUGUCGAAUUAAAAGGAAGAAGCAAUUGGGAGCGCAACGCAAAACUAGUAUUCAAGACCUCAGGAGUAUUGCUGGCCUCACAUUUUUACUGGGAAUUACUUGGGGUUUUGCCUUCUUUGCCUGGGGACCAGUUAAUGUCACCUUCAUGUAUCUCUUUGCCAUCUUUAAUACCUUACAAGGGUUCUUCAUAUUCAUCUUUUACUGCGCAGCUAAAGAGAAUGUCAGGAAGCAAUGGAGGCGGUAUGUUUGUUGUGGAAAAUUACGGCUGGCUGAAAAUUCUGACUGGAGUAAAACUGCUACUAAUGGUUUAAAGAAGCAGACUGUAAACCAAGGAGUAUCCAGCUCUUCAAAUUCCUUACAGUCAAGCUGUAACUCCACUAACUCCACCACACUACUAGUGAAUAAUGAUUGCUCAGUGCACGCAAGCGGGAAUGGCAAUGCGUCUACAGAGAGGAAUGGGGUUUCUUUCAGCGUUCAGAAUGGAGAUGUAUGCCUUCACGAUCUCACUGGGAAACAGCACAUGUUUAGUGACAAAGAAGAUUCCUGCAAUGGUAAAGGUCGGAUGGCCCUCAGAAGGACUUCAAAGCGGGGAAGCCUACACAUUAUUGAGCAAAUGUGAUUCUCCUCUUCUAAAAUCAAAGCAUGAUGCUGAGGGUGUGACGUGUCCAGUUUUCCAUUUACCCAAUGUGAGAUGUGUGAAAGUCAGCGUGUUUUCCACUCAGCAGCCUCUAGAGAAGCAUACGCUAAUUGAGGACAAUGAUUUACUAUUGGAGGAAGAAACCAUGGCAUAAUUACGAUCUUUAGACAUUUGCAAUUUGGUUUCUUAUCUUUCAUUUGGAAGAAUAUUGGUGUUAAAAAACACAGAAAAAGACCUAGGAAAAGAAAAACGAAUGUUCAUUUCCCGUCACAUUUUCAAGAGGGUGUUAUCCUUGAUAACAUCCUAGAAAAAAAAAUGUUUACUUCAGUCUGUCGGUGAGUUUAGUUGUGCAUGCCUUUGUUGUAUGUAAGCUUAGUGACUCCCAUGUCAAAAAUCUUAUCUCUACCUUUUUUAUAUUUAUUUUCUACUGUGUAAAUGUAUUCUUUUGUAGAAUCAUGGUUUCUGUCAUUUUAUCUAAUGUGAGGACUUACCGAUUCAGUGAAUUCUAACCCUCCUUUGGGAGAUCAUGUAGGAUGUGAAGUUCAGAAAUGUUGCUGAAAUCAAGACAUAAUGAUAAAGGCAGACUGAACAGUUAUAACAGACAGUGCCACAGUUAGCUCAGAGAGUGCCUUUGAGCAAUCAAGAAAAGGUACCUGCACUGGGCAGACACAGCCUUAUGAGCUUAUGAUUUGGGAAGCAGUGCGGUCACAUAUUAACCCUUAUCAUCCUCUUGGGAACAUCCUUAGGCAGAGGAUGACUUGUGUGACAACAUUUGAUCAGAUUACAGAAUCUGCAUUAAGACGUUUAGUUUAAUGCCAUGGUCAUAGAGGAUUACAACUGUAAUCUAAACCAUGGCAGGAAGAUUGUGAAGGUGGAAAAUAUAUAUACUGCCACUUCUCAAAUACUCAGAGCCUUGACAAUGGGGGAUCAGAGUAGGAUUACGUUUCAAGAGUGUAUAUAUGGCAAACAAAUCAGUCCUUCAAAAGUUAAGUAACUGCAUGGUACGCAAGUGUGACAACUGCUACUUUCUGGUCCAGUCACAUUUGUAUGUAUUUUUAAGCACAUGUCAAGUCUUGAAAAGUGUACAGUGACAAGGGGGGGCAGCUACUGGGAAUAGUGAACUAUCCUGUGAUAUUGUGUGUAUAUAUACAUACGUAUGUAUAUAUCCAACUCUGAUUGUUCCUAGUUACAGAGGGUCUAUCCUGCUUCUCAUCUAUACCUGCUUGAGAGAUGCCUCAAGCACAGUACGUUCUUAUUAGGAAGACUUCAAAUACCUUUAGUUAAGUCUUUCAGUAAGGCUCCCUUGCAUAUAUUUCAAGAAAAUGUU